AGCCCAUUUACCAAAUCCCCCCAGUUUCCCCUGUACCCCCGUGCGCCCCGCAGCCCCCUCCCGCCGUUAACCCUUUGUUUGCCCCUUUGGCAGAGGCGGCGGGAGGGCGCUGCCCCCGCCGGUGCCCGCCGCAGCCAUGGAGGGGGCAGUGCAGCUGCUGAACCGCGACGGGCACAGCAUCUCCCACAACUCCAAACGCCACUACCACGACGCCUUCGUGUGCAUGAACCGCAUGCGGCAGCGGGGGCUGCUCUGCGACAUCGUCCUGCACGUGGCCACCAAGGAGAUCAAGGCCCACAAGGUGGUGCUGGCGUCGUGCAGCCCCUACUUCCACGCCAUGUUCACAAAUGAGAUGAGUGAGAGCCGCCAGACCCAUGUGACGCUGCACGACAUCGACCCGCAGGCGCUGGAGCAGCUGGUGCAGUACGCCUACACGGCUGAGAUCGUGGUGGGAGAGGGCAAUGUGCAGACCCUUCUCCCUGCUGCCAGCCUGCUUCAGCUCAAUGGUGUGAGGGAUGCUUGCUGCAAGUUCCUGCUCAGCCAGCUGGACCCCUCCAACUGCCUGGGCAUCCGGGGCUUUGCUGACACCCACUCCUGCAGCGACCUGCUCAAGUCUGCCCACAAGUAUGUGCUCCAGCACUUCGUGGAGGUGUCCAAGACUGAGGAGUUCAUGCUGCUGCCCCUCAAACAGGUGCUGGACCUCAUCUCCAGCGACAGCCUCAAUGUGCCCUCGGAGGAGGAGGUGUACAGGGCUGUGCUCAGCUGGGUCAAACACGACGUGGACAGCAGGAGACAGCACGUGCCCAGGCUGAUGAAGUGCGUGCGGCUGCCGCUGCUGAGCCGGGAUUUCCUGAUGAGCCACGUGGACACGGAGCUGCUGGUGCGGCACCACUCGGAGUGCAAGGACCUGCUGAUCGAGGCGCUCAAGUACCACCUGAUGCCCGAGCAGAGAGGGGUGCUGGGCAACAGCCGCACGCGGCCGCGCCGCUGCGAGGGCGCCAGCACCGUGCUCUUCGCCGUGGGUGGAGGGAGCCUGUUUGCCAUCCACGGGGACUGCGAGGCCUACGACACGCGCACGGACCGCUGGCACAUGGUGGCCUCCAUGUCCACGCGCCGCGCCCGCGUCGGCGUCGCCGCCAUCGGGAACAAGCUCUACGCCGUGGGAGGCUACGACGGCACCUCUGACCUGGCCACCGUGGAGUCCUACGACCCUGUCACCAACUGCUGGCAGCCCGAGGUGUCCAUGGGCACCAGGAGGAGCUGCCUGGGGGUGGCAGCCCUGCACGGGCUCCUCUACGCUGCCGGGGGCUACGAUGGGGCCUCGUGCCUCAACAGUGCCGAGAGGUACGACCCGCUGACGGGCACCUGGACGUCCAUCGCUGCCAUGAGCACCCGCAGGCGCUACGUGCGCGUGGCCACGCUGGAAGGCAACCUCUAUGCAGUGGGGGGCUACGACAGCUCGUCACACCUGGCCACGGUGGAGAAGUACGAGCCCCAGAUGAACACCUGGAGCCCCAUUGCCAACAUGCUGAGCCGCAGGAGCAGUGCAGGCGUGGCCGUGCUCGAGGGGAUGCUCUACGUGGCCGGGGGCAAUGAUGGCACCAGCUGCCUUAACUCCGUGGAGCGCUACAACCCCAAAUCCAACACCUGGGAGAGCGUGGCCCCCAUGAACAUCCGCAGGAGCACCCACGACCUGGUGGCCAUGGACGGCUGGCUCUACGCCGUGGGCGGCAACGACGGCAGCUCCAGCCUCAACUCCAUCGAGAAGUACAACCCGCGCACCAACAAGUGGGUGGCGGCCUCGUGCAUGUUCACGCGCCGCAGCAGCGUGGGGGUGGCCGUGCUCGAGCUGCUCAACUUCCCCCCGCCCUCCUCGCCCACGCUCUCCGUGUCCUCCACGAGCCUUUGACAGCGGGCCCGGCCGUGCCCCGGGGCCUGGGGACAGCGCCUGAGCCAGCCCGGCCCUGGGGGGGCCCUGGGGACACCCGUGGGGCCUCCAGCUGUGCUUC